ACAUGCUGAGCUAAUGACAAGGCGCGCGUAUCUAUAAUGUUGAGCUAACUAGUUAGCACGUUGCUAAAUUUUUGAGCAAACGAUUUAGCGCGAGGCUAAAGCGCCAAGCUUACAAUUUAGCGCGGGGCUAACGUGCCGAUCUAACGACUUAGCACGGGGCUAAUGAACCGAGCUAAAGGCUUAGCACGGGGCUAACGCGCCGAGCUAACGCGCGGGGCUAGGAGGGCGGGCUCGCUGCGCACCGCGGUCACAUGACACGCAGUGUGUGUGUGUGUGUGUGUUUGAUAUUAGCGUGAACGCUAUGUAUUCCUGUUUGUAUUAGUUUAUAUUUUUUCUAUUCGUGUGUUUGUUAUGAACUAGAUGGCGGUGGUGAGGAGCCCCCGCUGAAGGCUUCUGGAGGCGUCUUGAUGAGCGACCAGCCGGUGCUCCAGGGGGAGGAGUCCUCUCAGAGAGGGGAGGAGCCUUGUUCCACGGGGGAUGGGCACCUGGAUGCGGGGGAGGAGCCUAGCGUGCUGCUGCACAAGCUUAAGAGCAACAUCUCCAAGAAUGUGGAGAGCAAAGUGGAGGACAUACUGCAUGAUGUUCAGCGCUUCUCAGACAACGACAAGCUCUACCUCUACCUGCAGCUCCCGUCUGGACCGGGUCCCGGAGACAAGAGUGCGGGGGACUCCAGCUCCUUCAGUACAGCUGACCAGCUCCACACCUGCUGCUGGAUCCGCUCCCACCUGGAGGAGCACUCGGACACCUGCCUCCCCAAGCAGGACGUCUACGAGACCUACAGGCGCUACUGUGAGAACCUCCACCAGAGGGCGCUCAGCGCCGCCAACUUCGGGAAGAUCAUCAGAGACAUCUUCCCCAACAUCAAGGCCCGCCGGCUAGGCGGCCGAGGGCAGUCCAAGUACUGCUACAGUGGGAUCAGGAGGAAGACUGUCCUCAACAUGCCCCUCCUGCCCAACCUGGAUCUCAGCAGUGACCCGGCGGAGCUGACGGAGCUGGUGCAGACGUACCGGGCGGAGGUGACGGAGGCGGCCUGCCAGCUGAUCUGCGACUGGGCCCAGAAGAUCCUGAAGCGCUCCUUCCUCACGGUGGUGGAGGUGGCGCGCUUCCUGGUCCACGAGCACCUGGUGGACCCGCGCUGCGCCCAGGCCAGCCUGCUGACCGCCGCCACGCUCACCGGAGGUCCUUCUAAACCCAACAAGGUGAUAAAGAAGAUUUCUAGAGAAACAGAGAACGUCCCAUCAGACGCGAAGAGGGAGAAGGAGGCGGAGUCUUCCUCCUCCUCGUCUAAACCUCCGCCAGCUGACAGACCCUCGUCCUCCUCCCUGGACGCCGCUCCCCCUCCCGGCUCCUCCUCCCUGCGGACUGCGGGGGGGCGGGACCUCCAGGUGGAGGCCCUGAUGAAGCACCUCCCCCGGAUCCUCCCCAGGAGCUCGGCCCCGGACAAGGCCCCGCUGGCCGUGCGCGCCUCCCCCCCCUCCCUGGCCCCCAAGGACGCCUCGGGGGUGAAGGUCAUCGCCAUGGCGACGCUGCCCCAGCAGCAGGGCGGCGCGAUGCCGCUGGUGAUCCUGCCCCAGGGCUGCCUGUCCUACGGCGAGAGGGACCGCCCCCCCGCCCACCACCCCCGCCCCCCGCCGCACCACGCCGCCCCGGCCACGCCCACCUCCGUGCUGCAGCGGGCCAGGGGAGGGGCCAAGAGGCCCCUGGAGGCGGGGCCUGCGCUUGGGGGCGGAGCCAACGCCACGCCGGUCAAACGGAAGCGAGGGAGACCCCGGAAGGCCCGCCCCGAUGACCCACCCCCUCCCCCUCCCCCCGCCCCGCCCCCUCCCCCCCUCACGCAGCACGCCUCCAUCAUCACCUCGCUCACCGGGGGGGUCAUCCAGAAGGCGGGCUCCUCCUCCCAGCAGGUGGUGGAGCUGGUGAUCCAGGAGCGGCCGCCCCCCCGCAGGGGGGUCCUGGUGCACGGCGGCCUGGAGCCCCCCCCCAACCCCCUGCUGCUGCUGCAGGGCCCCGCCCCCGGGCCCCCCCCCGUGGCGGGGAGGACCGCCAUGGUGGAGGUCAUCAAGAGAGCCCCCAAGCCCCGCCCCCAGACGCCCCCCCCCGCUCAUCAAGCUGGAGAAGGGGGAGGUGGAGAUCACCCUCACCCCCUAGGACCCCCCUCGGCCCCCCUCGGCCUCCUCCGUGACUCCGCCCCUUUGACCGGCUCCUCCUCCUCCUCCUCUGCCGACGGGGGGGCCCCCCCGCCCCCUGCUGCUGGUCGCCGUGGUAACCAGCACUCCUGCCGUCCCUCCCUAUCGGUGGAAAGUCCCUGACGGGGACGCAUGAAGCCACGCCUCUCAGAGGACGAGGCCCCGCCUCCACGAGGUCGAAGCGCCGCCCCUCCUACAUGGACCGCUGCAUGCUCCUCCCCCCCCCCCCCCCCCCCCCCUCCCCAGGCUCUGCAUGGCUUUUUACUUCCUCCCUCCUCCCCUUAACGUCCUUGCUUGGCUCCUCCCUUCCUCCAGUGCUGAGAGGAGGAGCAGCAGGAGGAGGAGAGACAGUAAGCAGAGCUCCAGUAUUGGUCACGGUGCUCAGAGAGUUUAUACGGGUUGAACCUCGUCUGGUUCAUGUGUGGAUAAGGUCUGGUCCUGUUCCCUCUGCCCUGGACCCAGUGGGUCACUGCUCCGGGUCACUGCUCCGGCUCCAGUGAGCCGGGUCUCUGGGUUCAGUGAGCUGGUCACCGGGUUCAGGGAGCUGGUCACUGGGUUCAGUGAGCUGGUCACCGGGUUCAGUGAACAGCUCACUGGGUUCAGUGAGCUGGUCACCGGGUUCAGUGAACAGCUCACUGGGUCUUCACGGCUCUUCUAUGCAAGUGGAGAACAGGGGGUGACUUGAGUGCGUAGGAAGGAGAUAACUUGUUUCCUGUUCAGAUGGCUCCCUCACUGCAAUAUGUCUCGCCACCACCAGGUGUCGUGCUGAAUACUGUCCACAAGGUCCAUAAGUAGCAAGUAUGAAACCAAAUACUUUCCCCUGUUCCAAGAAUGGGUACCUAGUAUAAAAACUCCUCCGUGAGUACUGCUGUUUUCUAAAAGGUUGCCUUGGCAACAGGCAUGGUGAGCGUAGGUGAAGGGUUGCCCACAGGGCGGUAUGCAGGGCACAGUAAUAUCUGUGGAUUCACUAAGGGAAGGUUGUACCACCUGAAUACGUCAAACCUAAAAGCACAAACACAAGUUUAUCUUAACAGUGACCUCGCGAGCCGUUCUGGUUCCAUCAGUCCUACCUUGCCAUGGCAACAAACUCCUCCAGCCAGCCCCCACUUGGCCAACGCACUCACCACAGGACCCCCGAGGGGCUCCCAUGACGUCCCAUCUCUGGCGUCACAUGGGCCCCGGCUGGUCAUGUGUGGUCGGAUCCUCUCUCUAUAGGCUAUAUUCUGACUGUAGGCUGUAAGAUAUAUUCUGACUGUAGGCUAUAUUCUGACUGAAGGCUAUAAGGUAUAUUCUGACUGUAGGCUAUAAGGUAUAUUCUGACUGUAGGCUAUAAGGUAUAUUCUGACUGUAGGCUAUAAGGUAUAUUCUGACUGUAGGCUAUAAGGUUUACUCUGACUGUAGGCUAUAGGGUAUAUUCUGACUAGGCUAUAAGGUAUAUUCUGACUAGGCUAUAAGGUAUAUUCUGACUAGGCUAUAUUCCGACUGCAGACUAUAAGGUAUAUUCUGAUUGUAGGCUAUAUUCUGAAUGUAGGCUAUAAGGUAUAUUCUGACUGUAGGCUAUAAGGUAUAUUCUGACUGUAGGCUAUGAGGUGUAUUCUGAC